CGUUGAAAAUAACGUUUUCUUUUUCAAAGCAUAAGCAAUCGCUACUUGUUUAUCUUCAUCUUAUUCCUUAACUGACAUAUGUAUCUUCUUUGGUUACAGACAUCUGGUAAGAUUGCCCAAAGCAACACCAGAGGGAUACAGAGUACUGUUGUACUCAGUAAGAGAUCCUGAUCCAACAAAGAUGAAUUUCAGCGAUGCUGUCAAAGGAUUCUGCAUGUACAAUGACUGUGUGCUGUCUGAAGAUGGUUUACAGGAGGGAUACAUCGUUAUAUUCGACAUGAAAGGAGUACAACUUGGUCACCUCGCACGAGUUAGCUUACCAGCCCUAAGAUGCUUCAUGCUAUAUAUUCAGGAAGCUCAUCCGUGCAGACUAAAGGCCAUCCAUAUCCUGAACACAGCUUCUUGGAUCCAUCACGUUAUGAGAUUAGUUAUACCUUUGGUGAAAUCAGAGCUCCUUAAUAUGGUCAAGUUCCACAAAGGAAACGUACCGGAAAACUUCCCUAUCGAGUUGAUGCCCAUGGACUACGGUGGUGAAGCAGCCAGCAUCGAUGAACUGGAUCGUGAAACCAAAUCAUUGAUCAGCAAAUACCACCAAUGGCUCAUUGAAUCCGCCGAAUUCAAGAGCGAUGAAUCCAAAAGGAUCAAGAAAGCCUCCUGGUGGGGUUUCUUCGGUGGAAGCAAAAACAACACAGUCGAGUUGGACGAGAAAACCAUAUUGAAGAAUCUGCAAAUCGACUAGGGAGGCAGAUGUUAGGUGGCCGAAUUUUUUGUAUAUAAAUAUAUCUUUUGGUAUUGUACUAAUGUUAUUCGUUUCAUGAGUGUACUACAAUGUAUGGCGAUUUGAAUUCUAUGUCAGAUGAUCCACUUUAACGCUCGUUCGUUUGGGCAUCUUUAAUUCUAAUACUUUAACUGCUAUGUUCCGCAGAACAUAAGGCGUGUUUAAAAAUCAUGUAGUACCCUAAUAUUCAAAUGUUAAUUCUACCUCGUAUAUUGUCUUCCAAAAGAAUCGGAAAUGUCUUCGUUUAAAUUAUGUGGUAGAAGAACUUGUUAACUAUUUUUGUAGAUAUGCAAAUUUUAUGUUAGUUGCUUAACGGUUACGUUAUACAACCUGCAAUAAUCAAUUCAAAUAUUUUUGGAUACUAUUUAUAUAAGAAAGUAAAUGAUUUUUAGAGUUUA